AGCAUCACGUACAUACAGUCAUCACUGAGUCAUCACGUAGAGUUACUGACUUUAUCAUCGCGGAGUAAUUUCUUCUCGAUGGAAAAACAUUUGACGGUUUUCGCAACGUGAAAACUGACGUACGAAAAAUUUGAAAGAAUUUUGAGUGUUUGAGUCGUUGCAACAAUUUUCACAGGAUUGAGAAACGAGUUGAAAGAAUGACAGAAGGAGGACACAGAAAAACCCAUCACUGUGGCGAAUAAUUUAUUAAUUUUUAAUACUUCUCACAACAGUAAAAUGCGAUGAUAAGAUGUGAACAAGUUUCAACACGAGAGAUAUUUAAUAUUUAUAUUUAAAAAUAAGAAGGAAGAGAUAAUUGAAGGCAUAGUGAAAAACGAUAGAGAGAACAAAAGACAACACAGGAAAAAAAAGACAUAAAUAUUUAGAUCAAGAAAAAAGAAACUAGUUUUUUCAUUGAUAAACAUCAACAUUUUAAUGGCUCUGUCGUGGCAGUAGAUAAGUAACAGUAAGCUCGGAAAGUGAACUUGAUUUGUAUCGACAUGGCAACUGGCGAUGAUAGACGUGUCGCUCUAAUAACAGGUAUCUCUGGGCAGGAUGGCUCUUACUUGGCAGAGUUCUUACUGGAGAAGGGAUAUGAUGUGCACGGCAUCAUCAGGCGUGCAAGUUCAUUUAACACUGGACGUAUUCAGCAUCUUUAUGCUGACCCGAAAUGUCACAGACAGGGCAAAAUGAAGCUGCAUUACGGUGAUAUGACAGAUUCCAGUAGUUUGAUCAAAGUCAUUAGCGCGAUACAGCCAACAGAAAUUUAUAAUCUUGCAGCGCAAAGUCAUGUUAAGGUAAGCUUUGAGGUAAGCGAAUACACUGCGGAAGUAGAUGCAGUUGGAACAGUAAGAAUAUUGGACGCGAUACGUACAUGCGGUUUGGAAAAAUCUGUAAAGUUUUAUCACGCUUCAACGUCCGAGCUUUACGGCAAAGUGAUAGAAGUCCCACAAAAUGAAAAAACACCAUUUUACCCACGCUCUCCAUAUGCUUGUGCGAAGUUAUAUAGCUUCUGGAUUGUUGUAAAUUAUAGAGAAGCAUAUAAUAUGUUUGCGUGUAACGGCAUAUUAUUCAAUCACGAAAGUCCGCGAAGAGGAGAGAAUUUUGUCACGAGAAAGGUGACGAGAUCUAUAGCAAAGAUACAUUUAGGUUUGCAGGAUGUGGUCGAAUUAGGAAACUUAGAUGCAAAGCGAGAUUGGGGCCAUGCGAAAGAUUAUGUUGAGGCAAUGUGGUUGAUGUUGCAACAAACGCAGCCGGACGAUUAUGUCAUAGCAACGGGAGAGACACAUAGCGUGAGGGAGUUUGUAGAAAUUGCAUUCCAAUAUGUGGGUCGCACAAUCAAGUGGCAAGGUGAGGGUGUGAAUGAGACGGGGCAAGACGCACAAACCGGUCAAGUAAUGGUUCGCGUAAAUCCGAAAUACUUCCGUCCAACCGAAGUGGAUGUACUUUUAGGCGAUGCAUCAAAAGCAAGAAACAAAUUUGGGUGGAAACCGACUGUUACGUUUAAGGAACUUGUAAAAGAUAUGAUGGAUUCUGACCUGGAACUAAUGUCCAAAAAUCCAAAUGCUUAAUAGUUAUAUUUGAAUUGUGAUACAGCCAAACGCAUUUAUUAUAUUGUUUCCGUAUGAAGUAACAGUAUUUACAAAUUAUUGAUUUUGUAAAUAUUAUAUAAAUAUUUUUAAAAUGUUUUUCGAAACUUACGAGUGAAUAAGAUUUUUACUGUAAUUUAGUAGCAAUAAUAUAUUAUACAAAUGAAUAUGUGUAAGGAUUAUUGAAAUAUCUAAUACUCUUAAGGUGAAACAUUUGAGAGUGUAUUGAAUAACUAUCACAAAUAAUCAGAAAGUCAUGAUGAUUUUGUAUUAAAUGAAACGAUGAAAAAUAAUAAUUUAUGUUAAUAAAGAUAUGCAUAUACAAAAUUA